AUGUCGACGCCAGGCUCGUCACGCAGACCGUCUCUGGCCUCGCCAUCGAGACGCCCCAAGCGCAAAGCCGCUGAUGAUACGGCUGGUCCAUCUACCAGCACAGGUCGAAGCAGGGACACAUCCAACAGCCCAUUCCAUCCCGACUCUGCAUCGUCCUCCACGACUCCGUCACCUGUCAAAAGAUCUUCCGUGUCCUCCGCACCUCGGCGGAACAGCCGGCAAGCUCGCACGUUCCAGAUCGCGGACGAAUUCGACCAGGAUCAAGAUGCACCCUACGAUGAAGAGCUCGAUGCAGACGGUGAGUACGAUGAAGAGUACCUCGACCAGGAUGCACCGGCUGAAGACGACGAGCAGGCGCUGGACCUGACCGAAGAAGCCGGAGUCGAUGCGGAUGCAGGUCCGUCCAAUUCAGCCAGUAGUACGACGCCGGCGAGGCAAUCCGCCAGACCGAAACGAAGCAACGCACCCAAUGUCUCCUACUACGCCGUGCAGCCUUUACCGAGCUUGUCAGAUGACGAGCAGGACGAGCAAGUCACACCAUCAAUACGAAAGCGAGCGAGGAAAGCCAGGCUUCCGCCCACAUCCGACGUCGAAAUCGAUGACCAAGACCACAACAAUGCGGCGGCUGUGCUGCCGCAUUCAAGAUCCCGCAGCAGAGGUACGCCUACCACUGCGCGGUCCACUUCCAAGCAGCCUUCGGGCAAAGCGCCAAGGAGGCCGGCGGAAGCAGAGGGCUUCACAAAGUCUGCAGAGCCGCAACUGUCGGAGGAAGCCAAGCAGCAGGCCAAGGCGGAAAAGGAGGCGCAGGAUCUGCAAUCUCGCUGGACCGAGGAGUACUUUGAGAUCAUCGAGCAGCUGCCCUUGGAGGUGCAUCGUACGUUUGCGCUCAUGCGAGAAUUGGAGGGGCAGAUGCAGGUGCGCGUGGGGACGAUGGUUCAAAAUAUGACUGCUUAUCGCGAUGUCAGACUGCAGAUGCAAAGGCUCAUUGAUGGCGGCGCAAAUACGGCGCUUGGCACGGAAGACAGUGGAUCUCAUCGAAGUAGCGUGGGUAGGGGAAGCGAAGACGAAGCAGAGAAUUUGCUGGGCGGGUCGCAAGACGGGCAGACGAGUCGACCGCAAUUAACAUCUCGGAGCGCAGGUGACGACGGUCAAGGCGUCGAAGCCAUCCCCGUAGAGGACGAAGGUAUAACAGAUCUGUUGGACAAGGACGCCCGACGGGAACUGCUGCGCUCCAUCUCGCUCGCUGCCAACGAGUCGGUGAAAGCGGCCGAAGAGAAAAUGGGCCUCGCUGCUACGGCGUACAACUGGAUCGAUCGUCACAUACGUCGGCUCGAUGCCGACAUCAGCAAGCUCGAGUCUAGCAUCCUCCUUGGUCUAAGGACAGGCACGGAGGAGUCGCGGGGCGCGAGGGAAGCGCUCGGACUGCCGGUCGAUGGGGAGACCGAUGAAGCAGCUGACGCGGAAGUUGACGACGGGCAGGCUCUUGCCGACGGUGUAAGCGCGGAAGCGGAGACUGCAGCUCUGACAAAGGCCGCUGGCGCAGCAAAUCGGGCACCGGGCGGGGUUGAAGCGGGCGAAAGGAGGAGCACGCGAACAACGCCGAAGAUGGGCGGUCAAGCUCAACUCAUGCCAUCACCGAGGAGCUCCGAACGCGCAGCGACACGAUCACGCUCCCGCUCCGCCUCGACUUCCGCCGUCGCCACUGCAGCCCGUCAGAAAACGACCUCUCCCGUCCCACCCGCCGCCAACCGCAUCACGCGCAAACGCAAACCCAAACCGCUCUCCCCGCAAAAAGGCGGCCGGCGAUCCAUCGUCACCACCACCCCCACCAUCAUCUCCCCCACCUCGCAAACACCUCGUCCGUCGGCCGCCGUCGUCGGACCUGACACCUCCGAGAUGCCGUUCGACCCCACCGAGCCGACGUACUGCUACUGCGAUCAGAUCUCCUUUGACGAGAUGGUGGCGUGCGACAACGACGAUUGCAGUCUCGAAUGGUUCCACUAUUCGUGUGUGGGGUUGACGAGGCCGCCGAAGAAGGAGUGGUACUGUCGAUUCUGUGCGCCCGCGGGGUGGACGGGCGAGGGGAUGGCUGUGCCGCCCAAUGCGAAGCAUAAGCCGGUCGGGUUCAAGAAGGGGGUUGGCAUCAAGGCGUAA